ACGCAUCGCUACGACGCUACAAACAACCCCUGUAUCCUUGUCACGUCAGCUCAAAGAAAUCGGAUCCUAGAAUUCGUCAGGGGAAAUGCCCAACCGAUAAAAGUAACCAGUCAAUUCUUUUGGAAAGGAAGUUCCAGUUUCAUGAUGUGAUGUUUGCUGUUUCUUGACCAUUUGUCAGUUCGCUUCGUCAUUCUUUAUUUCUUCUUUCCUCUUGUCGAGUAUCUGGAUUCCUUUUAUUUUUGCAUGUUCGCAUCUUGCUGUUGCUCUUCAUGGAUAGGACCCCUUCAUCGCCAUCGUUGCGAUCGUCGUCACCAAAUAUGGCUCGAAGAUGGGCGCGGAGGAUCGAGCGCUAUUGCUGUAACUGCCUAACUUACUUCCCGCUAGCUUUCGUGUACGGCCUCACGACCUGGGCAGUAUGGGUUGUAGUCAGUAUUGGAUCAAGCAAAACGACAAAACCAUAUUGGAUAGGAACGAAAUCUUCCAUCGUCGGUGUUCUACUCUACCUUAUGCUAAACUGGUGCUACACCACCGCCGUUUUUACGAAUCCCGGUAGCACGACCAACUCCUCCGGUUAUUCGAGUCUACCUACCGUUAACCCCCCACACGCUACCUCAUUUACGGUCAAGUCCAACGGCGAGCUACGGUUCUGUAAGAAAUGCCAAGCCCGUAAGCCUGAUCGCGCACACCACUGCUCGACAUGCCGACGAUGCGUACUCAAAAUGGACCACCACUGUCCUUGGCUCGCCGGCUGUAUCGGAUUGCGCAACCAUAAGGCUUUCUUGCUAUUCCUCAUAUAUACUACGCUAUUCUGCUUCUACUCGUUCGCUGUGGCUGGGUCAUGGGUGUAUAUGGAGAUGCUGACCCAGACUCAAUAUGUCGAUACCUUGAUGCCGGUUAACUUCAUCAUGUUAGCAGUCGUCGCCGGGAUUAUUGGUCUCGUCGUUGGUGCGUUUACUGGUUGGCACAUAAUGCUUGCGAGCAAGAAUCAGACAACUAUCGAAUGUCUCGAGAAGACACGCUACCUAAGCCCUCUACGAAAAACGAUGCAACAUCAGUUCGUCGCACAACAUAACGGCGAAGGCAUCUCGCUACCGAAAUACGGGCAACAGCUACUGGAUCUUAAUGCGAACGCCCUGCCCGGUAUUACGAGACCCGAGGAAGGCGAAGUGAGGUCGAAUGCGAGCGAUGAUGAUAUACCCCGCCAAUUAUCAUACGAGGAAAUGGAGCGAUAUCGCGCCAGGAAGCGAUACGAAGAAUACAUGGACGAGCAAGACUCAGAAAAACUACCUCACGCAUUUGACCUCGGUGCCAAGCGAAAUCUAUUACAUCUAUUCGGACCCACCCCGGCGCUAUGGUUCUUCCCUAUUAUCAACACAACAGGUGAUGGCUGGAACUGGGAAGCUAGUCCUAAGUGGUUGGCCGCGCGGGAACGCAUCGCCAGGGAGCGCGACGAGCAAAGACAAAGGGAAAGAGCGGCCGGGUGGGGUGAACCCGAUCCGUCAUUCGUCCCUGUCACUGUUGAACGGCCGACCGGCGCAGGAAGGCACUACCUAUCACCCCCACCACAACAGAGACCGACCUCGGGCCGACGCACGCCGUCGAAAGCCGACCGUAUACUCGGCCGGGACCCGAAUUUAUACGUAGAUGAACCUACGAGCUCGGUGUCGAUGCGCACGCUUAACCGUCGAGGUCAUGAUAUAGAAGAUCUUGAUUACUCGGAUGACGGCGGGGAUUACCAUGACGAUGUGCCAAAAAAGGGGGGUGAAGAGGAAGAAGAUGCGGAAACUAGGGCUAUGAAUCUAGUCACUAAUGGUGGAUGGGCGAGAAGUGGAGCGAGUGGCUUGUUAAGGAAACCGUCGUCUUCGUCGAGGAGUGGUAGUUAUGGGUUCGCUAGUAAUGGUAAUGGGAGUAGGAGACCGACUCCGCCGAGGGGGGCGGCGAAGAAAGUUGAGGAUGAGGAUGAUGUGGAUUAGGAGGUGACUAAGCUGCUUCGGGAGUGGAGGUGUAAGAAAAGUGGCAGAGUUGUAAAAGGUACUGCUCAGGCACGGCACCGGGGAUACGGGGAUGACGGCAAUAAGGAUUAGGGAAUGGAUAACAUGGUUCUGGUAUUGUUUGUGUAUGUAUGAUUUUCUGACUUGCGGUUUGUGGGUUGUGGGUUGUGGGUUGUGGAUAUAUCAUCGCAUGUAUGCAUGGCUGGGCGUUUAGUUUAUUCGUGUAUUUGAUUUUUAUUAGUUGGUUUAUGUAACU